AUGGCUAACUAUCCUCCUCUCUCCUGCCUUAAUGACGAUUUUAGUGGCCGAGGAGGACAGAUGAGGAAUAGAGCGGGUGGCAAUCAAAACAUACAAACUUCAUCAAUCCUCCAAAGAUUACCCGUAAAAUUUAUCGCGAAGGAGCACGAAGAUGGCUCUUAUCCAUAG